UCAUGCACCUAUUCAAUCAAGCACUGUGCAGUGCACCCCCAAAGAAGGUGAUGUCAUUUCCACGAGAAUGGCACCAUAGUAAUAGAAGGUAUAGUAUAUGUAAGUUGACAAAUCCAACCCUGGGGAAGGAAGCAGGUCAAACAGAGAAGCACGGACUAAAACAGCACGAUAAUGGGUAAAUUCGCCAAUAAGCUUCGUGGUCAGCAUGUGGUGGUCAUUGGAGGCAGUACAGGGAUCGGUUUCGGUGCUGCAGAGGCUCUGCUAGAUGUUGGGGCAAGAGUCACCAUCAUCUCGUCAAACAAGGGAAAGGUUGACGCGGCAGUGGAACGACUCGGCAGCCCCGAUGCGAAAGGUGUCGUUGCUAACGUGCGCGAGGAAGAAGCCUUCGUCCAGUCGCUACGAUCGUUUGGAGUGGUCGACCAUAUCGUUUACUCGGCUGUUGACAACAUAAUCCGGGGGAAACUGGAGGAUCUCGACAUCGAUGCGGCCAAGCACUUGUUUGGUGUCAAAUUAUGGGGAGCAAUUAUUGUUGGCAAAGCGGUUGCAAAGUACGAUAUUAUCCGCAAGGGAGGGUCACUGACUUUGACCUCUGGGACUGCGGGCAUCAAACCUGGAAAAGGAGCCGCUGGUGGUUCAUCCUUGAACGGAGGCGUUCUCUCGCUGACCAAAUCCCUUGCCACUGACCUCGCAGAGAAGAAGAUCCGUGUAAACACUGUGGUUCCUGGACUGGUCAAGACUCCGUUGUGGGACAAGCAAGGAAAAACUGCAGAGGAGCAAAAGGAGUUGUUCGACAAAGCCAGUCAGACUUUGCCAGUUGGAUUCGUGGCGACGCCUGAGCAUAUUGCUGAAGCGUAUCUGUACACCAUUCGUGCAGACUAUGCCACUGGCACUCUGGUUGAGAUUGAUGGUGGUACCCUGUUGUAGUAUGAGGGCGACGAUACUCAUGUACGCGUGGUGGUGGAAUAUCUUUUAAUAGGCACGAAUAGGCUUGCCAAGCCCCUGAGGGAGCCAAUUCGAACCCCGAAGACAGUGACGAAUUAGGCACCCGGACCGACAAACAAUAAUAACAAGAUGGCGGUGGUGGCUUUGCUGCACUCUGACUUCACCUCCAGAAAUCUAUUUUUCAAAAAACAAAAGCGCCGCUUACAACAAGCAGAUCAGUGUUGUGCCCAACAUGGUAUCACCUUGAUCGCUGCGUUA